AUGCGCAGAGGAAACGUGCCCAUCCUCAUGUCCGCACUCAAAAUGCACUAUGCCACGUGCGCCGCAGAUGAUAUAAAGAACAGGGUGGUCGAUCUCAUUCUCAUGGACGACUACGGCUCAGUGGACCUGGACGAGGAGCCCUGCAUCUUCCCAGACUGCGGCCACUUUUUCACCUACACAACCAUGGACGGACAGAUGGGGCUUCGGGACCUUUACGAGGUCUCGCCUGAAGGAGUGCCCACAGCCGUCAAGUCGGGAUCCCACCCAUUCUCAGUGACGAGCAUCAAGGUGUGCCCCGACUGCCGAGGAUCUCUCAGAAAUAUCUCUAGGUAUGGGAGAAUUGUUCGACGCGGUCUUCUUGAUGAGUCGACGAGGAAGUUCAUCAGCUGGGCCCACUGCGUCAAGCAAAAGUUGACAGACGCGUUCUUCGCUGCACAAGACAACCUGCAGAAGAUGGAGAAGAGUAAAUUCAGCUUCCCUAAAACACAGUCAGGGUUUCCUACAGCACAAUCGAGAUUUGCUCUUGGGGGAUCUCGGCAGCAACAAAUGACCCAACUCUUCAAGCUCACGGGAGAAACCCGGCACACGGUAUUAAAGAGGCUCCGGAAUCAGAUCACCAAUUUUCUCGGGUCAGUCAGGAAAGAGGAGCAGCCGUACCAGCGUGUGGCACACCUCGUCUGGCACGUCAACAAGCGGCGGCAAACCAGCGACUACUUGUUUGACGAGUCAGCAAUUCAAAUGGGCGGAUACUUGGAUGCCAUGACGCUCUCGCUACGGUGUGAUCUCCUCCUGGUCUCUGACUACAUCAGUCUGUGCCGUAAAACGACCGACAACGACAACGAUGGUGCCAAAUCUGCCAGCAUUGAUCCCGUGCCAUACAUUGAUGACUGUAAGCGACUGAUUGAGACUGCGCGAGUGAGAAAUUAUUCCCGGCUGGAAGUCGAAGGCCGCAUCUUUCUCGCCAUGUUCUGUUACUUUGCACCGCCUGACGAUACUAGGCCGACGGAUGGCGCGCCGGAGGCACCCAAAGCAGAAAGCUCCUCUGCGAAAGCAAGCAUGAUCAAGCUCGGCGAGGACCACCUCCUAGAAGCAGAGAAAAUCAUCAAAGCAAAUCCGUCCGCAGCUAAGCUAGCGUCCGAAGUCGAGACAGCGAGGCGCAUGCUCCACGACGGAGUCUUCUAUAGCGAAGUCUCCACCGACGAAAUGCGAGCCGUCUACGCGGCCAUGAGCAAGGAGUUCUUGGGAACAGGACACUGGUACACAUGCCGCAACGGGCAUCCCUUCACCAUUGGCGAAUGCGGCAUGGCGAUGCAGCAGACGGUGUGUCCAGAGUGCAACGCUCCGGUCGGCGGCCGGAAUCACUCUUCGGCCGAAGGUGUCAGACAUGCGGCAGAAAUUGAUGCACUUGCGCGCGGCAUCGGAAGAAUGGGAUUUUGA